AUGAAUUUUCAACAAAUUAACAACAGUUUUUGUUCACUUGUUUCGUUAGUACGAAACAAUGCAUAUCCUACAUAUCCAGAAUUCACUACAUUUAUAUCAAGAUUGAAAACAUUCAAUUUAUUUCCGUUGACUUCAUCUCAAGAUAAAUACUCAUUAGCUGAAAGCGGUUUUAUAAAUUCAGGGAAAAAAGAUAUUGUUGAAUGUUUUUGCUGCGGUAUUAUAUUGCAUCGUUGGGAAAAAGAAGAUAAUCCAUGGAUUGAACAUUCAAGAUGGAAUCCGAAAUGUGUUUUUGUAUUAUUAUCAAAAGGAAAUCAGUUUGUUGAAAAUGUAGUAAAAAAAUAUGGUUCUAUCGAAUUAGGUAGCUACAGCAAUAUACAAAGUGAAGAUUGUUCAUUUAUGUACGAGUUAUUACAAUUUCAUUUUAAUUCAUUGUCGAACAUGAUAUUACAAGAUUUACUUCUUGGCGGGAUGUCGCAUCAUUUUGUCGAAAACAGAUUGAAUGAGCGUCACCAUUUCUUUGGCUGUAGUUAA